AUGCAAUCGUUACUCGGCAGCGAUACCAUAUAUGACACUGUCCUAAAGCUGAUGUGGUUAGAUAAACUACAGCCUGAAAUCGUACGAAUACUAGCUGCACUCACAGAUGAAGUUGACAUAGAGAAGUUGGCUGUGAUUGCCGACAAAAUAGCUGAUACCACACCAAAUUGGCAAAUAUCCUCCAAUUGCAGAAGCUCUCUUUACGGCUUGAUGAAAUUCGAAACACACCGAGGAGAAGUCGGAGCAAUUCAAUUGCCCCGCAUUACAAUCGUAGACCACGCUCAGCGUCGCGUUGCCCUCGCCACCGUCAGCAUGGUAAUUGCUGUUACCAUGAGGUGUUUGGCGCGCGCGCUAGAAAGUGCGAACCGCCAUGUGCUUUGCGGAACACAUUCCCAACUGACCUACAGGGAAAACGACUUGCCUGUAAAGGCGUUAGCUGCUAGGACUGACAACAGAAAUCGCCUCUUUUAUAUUCGCGACCGAAACAGCAAUCUCGAUUUUUUAGUUGACACCGGUGCACAAGUCAGCGUUGUACCAUUCAAGAAUUGCGACAAAUCAACGUUAUCCAAGCAAGCUUCAUUGAAACUACAAGCAACUAACGGCACAUCAAUCAAUACCUACGGCGAACGUGUUAUGUCACUCAAUAUCGGAUUACGAAGGGAAUUCGUUUGGACCUUCACAAUUGCUAAUGUUGAAAUGCCAAUCCUAGGCGCAGAUUUUUUGGCACAUUACGACUUAUCUGUGGACUUAUUUUCGCGUACGCUUACUGACGCGCGUACGAAUCUACAGCGCCGCGGAUCUACAUCAAUACACUCAACAUUAGGUUUAACAGCUGUAGUACCCAAAGCAAAUGGCUACGAAAAAUUACUACAGAAAUAUAAAUCCCUGUUAUGCAGAGCCUAUCAGACACAUGCGAUAAAAACUACCGGACCCCCAGUGCAUACCCAACCGCUUCGUCUACACCCCAGCAAACUACGGGUAGCUAAGGACGCGUUUAAUAAUAUGCUUAAGCUGGGCAUAAUCAGACCAUCCUCCAGUUCUUAUGCUACACCGCUUCACAUGGUCCCAAAGGCCGAUUCCCACAAUUGGCGUCCACACAGGGAUUACAGGCUACUAAAUGCCCAAACUGUCCCGGAUAAAUACCCAAUCCACCACAUUAAAGACUUCGCUUUAUCGUUAGAAGGCGCCAUAGUUUUCACCAAGCUGGAUCUGCGGAAGGCAUUUUACCAGAUCUCGAUUGAGCAGUCUGACAUUCCUAAAACGGCAAUAACAACUCCCUUUGGCUUAUUUAAAUUUACCAGAAUGCCAUUCGGUUUGCGCAAAGCAGCUCAAUCAUUUCAGCGACUCAUUGACGAAGUCCUCCGCGGAUUACCCUAUACUUACGCCUACAUUGACGACUCUCCUCAGCCCUCUACAUCCCGUCAACCAAAGACCUCCUCUACAAAGAAGGCAACUCCCGCCACAUCCUCCGACCUACCACCUUCUCCCUGUCCCUCAACCCCUCUUUGUAGAGAGAAGUUAUCACCUGCCUCUCUUUCCCUUUCUUCUGCCCAGUCCCAUAUCCCUCUCAGUAGAGACCCCAUCCCAUUUAGACAAUCAUAUACUCCCCGCCACCACCCCCAUUCCUUCUCCCAUUAA